UUGUUACAAAGAUGGUCACAUACAAGGCUUGACUGCAGGCUCAUUGAAAGGUUUGUCAACAGGAAGAAAGCUUGGAAUUGAGAAAGGGAAAGAGCUUGGAUCUGAGAUUGGUUUUUACAGUGGAUUUGUCUCAACCUGGCUGAUUCUGCUUGAAUUUUCUGAGAAAAAGAAACCAAGAAUAAUAUCAUUGCUUAACAGCAUCAAGGCCCUAAUAGAUGAGUUACCACUUAYAGAUCCAACCAGUGAAAUUCUUUUUGCAAAUAUUGAAAAAGUCAGGUCAAAGUUUAAGCAGAUCUGCUCCCUACUUGAUGUCAAUCCAGAAAAGAUUUCUGGAAACAAAAGGAAAAUCUUGUCGUUUUGAAAAUUGAUGAAAGUCAUGAUAUAGUGUCUGUGUAAUCAGUAACCUGCCAUAAUGUAGCUACCAUCUGUGUAUGCACUAGUAGCCACACUCUCACAAUGAGGUUAUUGAAGGUACCGCAGUACAGUGUACUUUUACUGCUAUGCUUCUUGCACAUUGAAUACCAGCACCAAAGGUAUUGAUGACCGAUGGCUUUGGUUGAAACCUUGCAUGGCUCAGUGACUGGGACUUUCAAAGGAAAAAAGUGAAAAAAAGACAUUGAUGGUAUUAUUAGAAACCAUGGUGGGAUAUUUUUUCCUUGGUUCCUCAUACAAAUUGCAAUUAUUGCAAGAAAUAAAAAAUAGAAAAAUUAAUAAUUUGUUUAAAUCCAAAACAAAACAAAAGCCUUGGAGCAUGCAUGGAUGGAUACACAAGGGUAGAUUUUCAGAGUUCAAAAAUAUAGUUAAUAGAAAAUAUGAUAUAAGUGAGUUAAAGAAAUUAAUGAAUAAAUUUAGUUUAAAUGGGUCUUAUUCUGAAAAACAACUAAAGCAACUUUCAUUUCAAAGAAAUUUCAGUACCUAGUACAUGUAUCCAUUUUAUCAUCAUUGUUGGUAUUUUUUAUUUAUUUUUUUCCAUGUCAAGUGAUUAGCCAUUUGCUUGUAACUUUCUUUAUCCGCCACUGGGCGUGAGUCAGUAAAAUGCUAAUCGUCUGACAGUGAAGAAAAGGAGACAACUAAUUGACAAAAGACUAAUGUGAUUUUUAUGGUGGCCCACUAGGGUCAUGGCAACCAAGAGCUUCCAGCCAAAUAACAAGAACCCAUGGCAAAAUAAAAAGAACACACUGCAGGGCAAAGAAAAAAGAGUGACAACAUGCACUCUUUUUCUUUUGCUGUAGUUUUUCCUUUGUAGUGACCUUUACGGGUCGAUGUCAUGGCCCAGAGAGGUCACAGCAAAAUAAAGCAAAGGAAAAAAAGAUAACACGACAGAUCAUAUAUUUGAUUAUAUUGAAAUUACUGUGAAAUAUUAGGUUAAACAGAAAGAACGCAUUUUUUCAGUAUUUAUUCAUAAUUUAUUUUUCUAUUUUUUCAUUUA